UGCGCAUUCGUUACGGAAUUAGUUUAUCAUGUAGGCGGUGGUGAAUAAAAGUAUUCCUUCGUUUAGUAGGUGGACUCAAUUAGGGUAAUUGGCACAAUUCACAAUUGACUUCUUCGACAAGAAGGUAACAGCACCUUGAUUGCGAUCGCGAUAAAUAUGACAAAAUCUGACGUUCGGUUCGUAAUUAUUGUCGUCUUAUCGUACGGGUUGAUUGUGCAUUCCUAUCAGGUGGAUUACGAAGACAACAAUAGCAAAGACGAAGAGAGGGCCGAAGAAAUUUUAGCGCCGAUGGAUGGCUACGCAAUUUUGAAUUGUGAUGUUGACUUUCCUCAGGACAUGGAAAUACCCUACUCCCUAGUCUGGAAGAAAGACGGAGACGCGAUCUUCAGUAGAUCCGACUCGAUUCUGGUAGUCAAUGGCCCUCCAAGGGGCCGUAUUAGCCCGCUACUGCAUGCAGUACCAGGCAUGGGAAGGGGGUCCAUUAAUAUAACGUCCCUCAAGGAAUCUGAUGGGGGUUGGUAUCAUUGCAUAGUUUAUUUUCCGAAUCGAACACCAAGAACACGUAAUAAUGGCACAUGGGUGCACCUAACAGUUACUAGUGGCAAUUUAAUACUGAAUCCGCCGUACAAUCAAACGAUUAUGGAAUGGAAAGAUGUCAUACUACCUUGCACACCUAGAGAAGCCGGGACAAAAAUAACAUGGUACAAAGACGGAGUACCGCUAACUGAUCUGCAUGAAAUACUUCAUCGCUCUUUUUUGGGAGAGGACGGCUCUUUGACUAUACACUCUGUACUGAUAAGUGAUCUGGGCGAAUACACUUGUGAAGCGACCAAUGAGUACGGUAAAAAGCAAACAGCUUCAGCCUUCAUCAAUGUAAUCAAUAAGGCAAAAGUGAUCUACACACCAAAGGAAGUGUACUUGCCCCACGGAAUGCCUGGAUCUCUAGACUGCUUUUAUGUAGCAAAUCCUCCUCUUAUUAAAAUGGAAUGGGAAAAAGAUGGAAUAUUGUUUCAUCCUCUCAAUGUUCCUGGUGUUUUCUCACGAGAAAACGGGAGCAUAUACUUUAGCAAGAUAACAGACGACCAUGCAGGAAUGUACCGAUGUACUCCUUAUAACGAAUUAGGAACAGAAGGUCCUUCUGCUAGGAUACAUGUUGUAAUUUUGCGUCCUCCGGUAUUUACCAUACGUCCAAUGAGCCUUUAUUUAAAAAGGCUUGGAGAAUCUGUCGAAAUUCCUUGCGAAGCGAGUGACGGUGACAGAGAUCUCAAACCUUUGGUCACCUGGUACAAGAAAGACGAGUCACAGCUACCAGAAGGGCGUUUUAUCAUCAAAGGAGGAAACUUGACAAUUUUAAAAAUCCAAGAAGAAGACCGUGGCGUUUACCAAUGUUCGGCAAUGAAUAAAGCUGCCACUGUGGUUGCGGAAACUGAGCUCCUGGUAGAAAACGUUCCACCCAGAGCUCCCUACAAUCUCACCGCUAAAGCCUCCAAUACAUCCGUUCAUCUUAAAUGGGUUGCUGGUAGAAAAAGACCAAGGAUCAGAUACAGUAUUUGGUACAAACCUGUCGACGUUCAAGAAUGGAGAACAAAGGAAGUACAAUCCCAAGACAUACUCGAGGCAAUUAUAGACAAUCUAACACCUGGUGUGGAACAUGAAUUUCUGGUGUUAAGUGACGAUCCUCAAGGGGAAUCGAUUUUUAGCAAACCCUUGAAGGUGUGGACUUUGGAAGAGAAUAUAAAUGCACCGGCUUCGAUUUCUGCGGACCCCAAUAAAAUAGGAGCUCCCCGAAAUGUCAAUUUAAAAACUAUCGAGGACGGGUAUUUAUUAACAUGGGAACCACCAAAAAAUGAAGGAGACAAUAUGAUUAUAUAUUUGGUGAAAUGGUACCAAGGGCCUUCUGAAUACCUAAUUGCAUCUACUGAAACUACUGAGACUUUCAUGAAGAUUGACAGCUUAAUGGAAGGAGAAACGUAUCAUUUCGAGGUAAUCGCAAUUCUCGAUGGGAAUGAACAGGUGCCCAGCGAAAAAAUAACCGUAACCAUAUCGGCUUACGGAAAAAUACAAGCUGUCGCGAUCAGUUUAACCGUUUUUGUUAUAUGUAUUUUGUUAGUCUUAUUUGGUCUUUAUUACGGUAAAAAUAAAUUCUGUCCAAAUUUCUUUACAAGUGAAAAAAUUCCUGAAAACACAGUAUAAUCUUUGUAUAUACACGAAAUAAAUUUAUUUUAUUAAUUAUUUA